GCUCCUCUCCUCCUCUUCCUCCUCCUCCUGAAGAGUGGAGUUGCAUCUUGCCCCUGUGACGUCACGGGAGCAGCAUCAGCUGUUAGCUGUGUGCAUUUUAAGCCUUUUCGCUACCCAUCGCUACCCACACAAAGGACAAAUAUAUGAGAUCCCCUCCAAUCCCUGAAAUGGCGACACAGGAGGUUCAGCUCAACGAGACUCUGGCGCAUCUCAAAACGGAGUCGGAGACGCUCAAGUCGAAGCUGGAGGAGGAAAGAGCCAAGCUGCACGACGUCGAGCUGCAUCAAGUGGCAGAGAAGGUGGAAGGCCUGGGUCAGUUUGUCAUGAAGACCCGAAGAACUCUAAAGGGUCAUGGCAACAAAGUUCUGUGCAUGGACUGGUGUAAGGACAAACGGAGGAUUGUCAGCUCCUCACAGGAUGGAAAAGUGAUCGUGUGGGAUGCCUUCACUACCAACAAGGAGCACGCCGUGACAAUGCCUUGCACCUGGGUGAUGGCCUGCGCCUACGCCCCGUCUGGCUGUGCUGUAGCUUGUGGUGGCCUGGACAACAAAUGCUCAGUGUAUCCUCUCUCCCUGGACAAGAAUGAGAACCUGGCUGCAAAGAAGAAGUCUGUGGCCAUGCACACAAACUACUUGUCUGCUUGUAGCUUCACCAACUCGGACAUGCAGAUACUGACUUCCAGCGGGGAUGGCACAUGUGCAUUAUGGGAUGUGGAGAGUGGGCAGUUGUUGCAGAGUUUCCAUGGACACGCGGCAGACGUGCUGUGUCUGGACCUAGCCCCCUCUGAGACUGGAAACACUUUUGUGUCAGGGGGCUGCGAUAAGAAGGCCAAUGUGUGGGAUAUGCGUUCAGGACAGUGCAUUCAGUCCUUUGAAACUCAUGAAUCUGACAUCAACAGUGUGCGUUACUAUCCCAGUGGAGAUGCAUUUGCAUCUGGUUCAGAUGAUGCUACAUGCCGCCUGUAUGACUUAAGAGCAGACAGAGAAGUAGCUAUCUAUUCCAAAGAGAGCAUCAUAUUUGGCGUGUCCAGUGUUGAUUUCUCUCUCAGUGGACGGCUCCUUUUUGGUGGCUACAAUGACUACACCAUUAAUGUUUGGGAUGUACUCAAAGGAACACGGGUGUCUAUUUUGUUUGGACACGAGAACCGUGUCAGUACAUUGCGGGUGUCCCCCGAUGGGACGGCCUUCUGCACAGGCUCUUGGGACCACACCCUUCGAAUCUGGGCUUAAAGACGGAGUGCACAGAUGAUUUUAUGUCAGACGAAACACCUGCAGACACACAUACCUUCUGUUUGCUUACAUAUCAAUCAAUCAAUCACAGAAAUGGACACUUGGUUUGUGGUUGUACAUUGCAAAAGCAUUGUUUGUACUUAGGCUCUGUUUCAAUUUGUGCACUUCCAUACUUCAAUAUUAUUAUUCGAUAUGUAUACUGUAUAUACGGUAUGGACUCUCUGAGGGCGCAGAUUUUGGCAGCACAGUGCUGUCCCAAAUUGAUUGAUUGUUGCACACUUGUUGGAAAUGACGAUUGCAAUAUAUAUCCACUUCCACUUCAGUGAAAGUAUGGAAGUGCGCUAACUGAAACCCAGUAGUCUCAACGCCAGAUUAGGUUAAAUGGACAUAUCACUCAAAACAAUGAAGACUAAUGCUGUUCGUAAUACAAAUUGAGUGGAUUAAAAUGGAACAGAAGGACCUAUAAUAAUAAUAAUAAUACUAAUAAUAGUAAUCAUAUAAAACGUAAAAUGUAUUUGGAAAAGAAGUAACACUUGUAGUGAAUAACAUUCUAGGAUAGAAGUGACACAAAGUGAUGUGUUGUACAUAUAUGCCACAUAUAAGGGUAAUAUUAUGAAUUGUUUUGCACAAAAACGGCUAGCAGUGUUUCCACAGUAAAGUGGAGUAUUAAAUAAAAUAUAGAUAUUACUGAUUUUGCUCAUGAACAUGCAAGCAAUCAAAUUGAUGUCUACAACCUGCUCCCACAACAAGCAUAUUUCAUUGAUGAAAGAUGCUCAACUGACAAUAUUGUAUUAAAGCACAUUAAAAAGAUAACUUAUUAAUAGGAUGUACAUGUUUUUUUCAUCUCCAAUGUCUUUUAUUUGCCAUAAAUUACCACCCAUGAAAGCACUGAAUGCUCAGUGUGCAUACUAGUACAGACACCCUGUGAGCGUGGUCCACAAUAGAUAUGUAAAUGCUAAUAGAAUGUACUCCUUUUCUUGCGGUUGUCUGAUGGCUGUAAUUUCAUAUUAACUGUAAUUAUUUUAUUGUAGUUUAGUGUACAGUUAUGCAAUUGACUGUUUAUCAGAUAGCAACAUAAUAAACUGCGUUUGGAUAUCA